AUGCUUCUGGUCACUUGUUAUGAAAAAGUUACCGUUGGUCAAGUUAAUGCAUUUAUAUCAGAAGUUUCUAAAUAUUCAGAAAAUACAACUUUGGGCAUUUAUGUAACAAAAAACAUGUCGAAAAAUUCUUUGACACUCGCGAAUUCAAUUCCAAAUAUUAUACUUACAACUUUAACCGAAAUCAAUAAUGCGAUGGCAAUCCAAAAAGUUGCCCAGAAUUGUGCUGUAGAUAUUUGUUGA